UUAAAGCGACCCUUACACGAAUCUCUCAAACUUCCGUAAAGGAGAGAGGAAGGCGAGCUUGGCUUCGGAACAGAAAGGAUUAAAGGAGUAUCGCCCUGGGACAGAGAAGAAGAAGCCAGGGUCAGAGCUGGGCAGGGCGUGAGCCAGGUUAACAAUCAAGAUGGUACAUGCUGAAGCCUUUUCUCGUCCCCUGAGUCGGAAUGAAGUUGUUGGUUUAAUUUUCCGUCUGACGAUAUUUGGUGCUGUAACGUAUUUUACCAUAAAGUGGAUGGUAGAUGCCAUCGAUCCGACCAGGAAGCAAAAAGUCGAAGCUCAGAAACAGGCCGAAAAACUAAUGAAGCAAAUUGGUGUGAAAAAUGUAAAACUUUCCGAGUAUGAAAUGAGCAUCGCGGCACACCUGGUGGACCCUCUUAACAUGCACGUUACUUGGAGUGACAUAGCGGGUCUGGACGAUGUCAUCACAGACCUCAAAGACACCGUCAUCUUGCCUAUCAAGAAGAAGCAUUUGUUUGAAAAUUCCAGGCUUCUCCAGCCUCCGAAAGGAGUUCUUCUCUAUGGGCCUCCAGGCUGUGGUAAGACAUUAAUUGCCAAGGCUACUGCCAAGGAGGCAGGGUGCCGCUUCAUUAACCUUCAGCCGUCCACUCUGACGGAUAAGUGGUACGGGGAGUCGCAGAAGUUGGCCGCUGCCGUGUUCUCUCUUGCUAUCAAGCUCCAGCCUUCUAUCAUCUUUAUCGAUGAAAUAGACUCUUUCCUCCGAAGCCGAUCGAGUUCAGAUCAUGAAGCUACCGCCAUGAUGAAAGCUCAAUUCAUGAGCCUCUGGGAUGGGCUGGACACAGACUACAGCUGUCAGGUCAUAGUGAUGGGAGCAACCAACCGUCCUCAGGAUCUUGAUUCUGCUAUUAUGAGAAGAAUGCCUACGAGAUUUCAUAUCAACCAACCAGCUUUAAAACAGAGAGAAGCCAUCCUGAAGCUGAUUUUGAAGAAUGAAAAUGUGGACAGGCGCGUGGACCUGCUCGAAGUCGCCAAAGAAACCGAUGGGUUCUCAGGAAGUGAUUUGAAAGAAAUGUGUCGGGAUGCUGCCCUCCUGUGUGUCCGGGAAUAUGUGAAUUCUGCCUCAGAAGAAAGCCGUGAUGAAGAUGAAAUUCGGCCAGUACAACAGCAGGACCUGCACCGAGCAAUUGAGAAGAUGAAGAAAUCCAAGGAUGCCGCUUUUCAGAAUGUUCUGACCCACGUUUGUUUAGACUAAGAGUAAAGUCCUUUGUCUGUAUGGUUCCCGCGGCGUGUCCCCUUGUCACUGAGCGGAGGGAAGCGGGGAGGAGGGAGUGGGCUUGGUCUGAGUGAACACAGCCAGCUCUGUGAAUGAUGGGACCUCUGCCCAAGGUCAUGAGGAACCGUUGAGCUCCCCCUGAGAGGGAAAGGGUGCUUGUCUUGGGUCCCUCUGGCUCCCAGGGGCAGCCUCUUGGGUCACUGGGAAAGAAGGGGACAGAUGAAGUGCUUGUGCCUGUAUAUAGGUGUGAGUGUGUGUGUGUGUGUGUGUGUGCGCGCGCGGUGUGAGUGUGUGUGUGCGUGUGCGUGUGGUGUCACACAUUUUAUAUUGACUUUCUUUUGGAGAGAUUUGAAUACAGAACCUUUUUUUUUUUAAUCCAGCCACUGAAUCAAAUGGCACCAAAUUCUGUAGAGAGAAAUUAAGUUUCAAGGUCUGUCUUCAGGGCACACCACAUCCAUUGUUUUCCAGUUGAAUUUCUCUGUGGUUUUAGCUGUUGUUGGUUGAGCAGAGAGAAGUCAGCAGUUGGGUGAAAGGAUUCAGCCACCUUACAAACCCAUGUAACCAGAUGUGGCCCCGUUACGCAUUGUUAGGAUGGCCAGAUGUAACCACCUGCCCUGCGAUCCGUGGACAGAACCAAGCUGUUGUGUCUGUCAGUGUGGCCUUCUGAGCCUCUGUAGUUUUGGCACCAUGCUGGGGAUGUUGCUUUGAAUCUUAGCUUAACGUAAGCAAAGGGGAUUAGCCAGUUUUUCCCACAUGAGCUUGUUUGAAAUCUUCAGUGCCAUUUAACACAAAUUCCCCAUUAAAGUGUGGUUCUUCGGACUUUGUUUCAUUCAGUGCAACUUUUUUCUGUGGCAAAACAAUGAAUUUUUUUAAUGGUUUCAAGUUAUGUUUUCUUUGAUUAUGGGCAAGUACAAUUUACUGAAGAGAAUUUAAAUGGCUUUGCAUAAGUCUAAAAUAAGGAGAAAUGUAAAAUUACAGGAUGUUAAAUAUUGUGCUAAAAGAUUUCCUUUUGUAACUUUAAUUUUUUUUUAAUAUUCUUAGAGCAUUGUUAUGAAUUGUGCACUUGGGCAAGUGUGGACACACAGGAAGAUUUCCAAAUAUCUCUGGAGUCUGCUUUGAUCUUAAGUGGAUUAUUUGUGUAGCAAAUUCUCUGUUAUCCAGAGUUCUGUUAGGCCCAGGUUUUUUUAGCUUCUUUCAUGCCUUGACAAUUACUGCGAUCGUUAGACCCUAAGUAUGGCACUGCCCGGUGCUGAAGCACCUUCCCAAAUAUCGAAGGGUAAAUUACAUGCACUGUUUUCUGCAAAUCAGCGCCCUACAUUCAUGGGUUGCUUGAUCUUUUUCUGUUAACUGGAAUAUUUGAUUAAUUAGAAUACCUCAUGCUGGAUAAGAGAAUUUACCAUGUAUCACUUAGAUUUCAAGUGUGGGGUCGAGAGGUUUGUGUGGAGAAGAUGAUGGAGAACAAAGCCAGUUGUAAAGCGUUAGUUAUAAACAUGCGACGGAUGAUCCGUCACAUGACGCAAGACACCAAAAACAAGGAAUUUCAUCUCAUGUUGAUGAGCACUGUGCUACACUCUAAUUUUGUAAACGUGUAAUAAAGGGGUCCCUGAUCACUGAGACUUUCUCCA